AUGAAAACAAUAACUUUAUUAUUAGUUUGGCUUUAUUUUUGUAUAGAUUUAGUUGAAUCAAUAUAACAUUAAGGAGAUGUAAAUCCUCUUAACUUUGUAAAUGAAUAAUUCAAACCUAGCACUUAAGAUGAGACAAAUCAAUCAAUAAAAGGAGCAAAUUAAUAUAUUACCAAAUAUACAUUGAAUGCAUUCACUUUAACUGAGUUGAUAAUUGAUCUCAGGCAUUUAAACAAAUAUACCGACGAAGAAGGAAUCUAUUAAUUUAAUUAUGCUUAAGAUGAUUGGAACAUCAAUUUAAAUUUAAAUGAUAAUAUAAUUGAAUUGCCUCAUAUAUUUGAAUAGAGUGAUGUUGAAAAAGUAAGUGAUUUUAAAUUUAUAAUAUUUGCAUUUAAGACGCUGACAUUUUAGAUUUUAUUUUAGUUAAAUUCCUAAGAAUUUUAUGUUUAAAAAUACUAAUUUAUGAAUACAACAAAAGUUUAGAAUAUUGAACCAAAAACAGCAAUUACGAAUAAAAAUAAUAUUUUUGUUUUCAUAUUAUCGAAGAAUGAUGAGAUAGCACUGCCUGCAAACAUUUUGCCUUUAAAUCAAUUUGAUUAUCAAGAUCACUUAAUAUCUUAUUCAUCUAAUAAUUUUUUUUAAUAGAAUUCAUACACAACAUACUCUCCAUAAUCAAAAUAUUGGGGAGAUAGAAAUCAAAUAGUUAUUCCGUAUCUUCCCUAUUUUUCAAAUUGUCAAGGAUUUGGAUAAUAUAUAUAUUUAUACUAAUUGAUUCAACACAAAAAUUGUACAUUAUAUAGUGAGAGAGAAACUGAAGCAAUAAAUCCAUUUAAAUUUAGUAUGAGACCUAUAAGUGAUGAAUGCAAUAAUUUACAAUUGUAUUGUAUUAUGGAUGAAAAAUAUAACAUAAAUCCUCGCUUACCGAGAUGGUUUGAAUUGAAUGAAUAAGAAACACUAUUCUAUAUUUAGGCAGACCCUUUGGAUCCAAAUGACUUCGAUUCAGAUUAUGAAGUACCAUUUAGUUAAGUAGUAGAGAUCCAAACAACAAAUUCAAUACCUAGUGGAAUGAUGCCAUUGGAAGUUAAUCUAGAUAUUCACUAUUAUUAAGUUACUUAAACAUAAAAGAGGAUAAUCACAGGAUCAGUGACUUUUACAAAUUUUUAUAAAUUGAGCGAAGAUUAGAAAGCAGGAAAAGCCGAAAUAAGAUAUAAUUUGAUAUUCAACUUUAUAUCUAUGACACAAGGAUAACUUGUUAAUAAUUUCGCCCUUGAAUGGCCAGUCUAUUUCAUUUUGUACAUGAUUAUUGGAGCUAUUUUAACAAUGGAAAUGGCUAUUUAUCUAUUUUAUCAUUACAUAACCAAUAGGAAUAGACCAAGACCAAAGAUUAAUUUGUUGAUUUAUGUUAGAAUAUUUUGGAUCAGUAGUUUAUAUGGUAUAUUUUUGGCAUUUAUUCCUGCUUUAACAGUCCAUAUCUUAAUAUCUAUAAUAAUGGCAGGAAAGAUAUGGAAUACAGAUUUAAGUUUGAGUUGUAAGUUGACUCCUUAUUCUGAGUCGGAUGAUGGAUGUAUGGUAGUAUUUUUUGAUUUGUUUAAGAACUAAUAAAAAUAUACAAGCGAUGAAUUUGUAUUAUUAAGAAAUUCUCGUUGUGGAAUUGCAAUGAUUACAGUAGGAUUAUAUAUUAUUUAUUUCAUUAGUGGAAUUUAUGUUCCAAAAAUCAAUCCUGAAGAAGAUUAUAAUGGAAAUGUUAAGAAUGUGAGACUAUGGAAACGUAGUCGUAUUUUUUAUUGCCUUGCUUUUAUCACAACAAUUAUAUUAAUUAUGACUCAAUUCUCUUACUCUACUCUUUUUGAAAACAAUGCAUAUAUGUUUCAAAUAUUUCUUAAAAUCUUCCAAAUGAUUUUAGAAUACAUUUUGGAAGUUUAUUUCGAUAAUAAUUUGAUUUCUAGUCCAAUUGUAAUAAUAUUUAGUACUUAUAUCAAUGUAGCUACAAUGGGUAAUCCAACAUUUUAUGAAUUCUUGUUGUCCACUAUUGUUGAUAAGGGUAUUGAGAUGGUAGAAAGAGCUUAUGUGAUUAAGAUUUAAGAUUAUGUAACUGAAGAAUUGGAAUAACAAUUUGAUAAGGUGUAUAAAAUGCUGAAAAGAUUAUUAGAUGAAGAAGAAGAAGAUUAUGAAUUGGAAGAUGAAAAAUUAGUAGAAAUUUAGAAUGUACUAAAAUCUAACGAGGAUGAUUCUGAUUCAGAUAUUGUGUUUUCAGAUGAUGGAAAGGAGAAUCUAGCUUCAGAUGAUGAAUCCUUAAUAAGUAAUAAGAUUUCAUCAAAUAAUCAUGAGAAUUCAUUUACCAAAGAUGAUUAAGAUGAAUUUGAAUAUAAAUUCAGAACUUAUUUACUUGAACAGCAUCACAAAGCAUUCUAAAAAUAUAAUGAAGAUUAAGGUACCCACUUAGAAUUACCAGCAGAUAAUGAAGAUCAAACUGAUUUGAUUGAUUAUUUCUCUAAUUUUGCUGAUGAUAUCAUCACUUUGGUAUUCAAUCCAUUUAUUACUACUAUUAUGUGGUUUUUUUAUGAUGAAUCCAAUUUGUUGGCUGAUUAUCAGAUCAAUAAAAGUGAAUUUAUCUAUUACUUUUUAUGGACCAUCAUUUUGAUUCCUUUUUAAAUAAUAAUUGACACUUUUGGAUACAAUUUAGUUGAACAAUAUCAUCAACUGGAUUUUUUAACUUAUAUUAAAAGUACAAGAGAAAGAUUUAGAAAUAGAAAUCUCUUUUGGAAAGCAAGUGAAUUUCAAAAUGAUUUAAAUUGUGAAAACUGUUUCCGUACACUUGAUUGUAAUAAUUAUUUAACUCUAUAAUUUUAGAAUGGUGUUAUUCAUCUUAAUUUUACUUUAUUACCACUUUAUAAGUUUGUGCCAUAUAGAUGGUUAUUUUUGGUUCACACAUUAUCUAUGUCAAUUAAUAUAACAUAUUUAACGAUGAAGGUAUCUUAUUUUUAAUUCAUUAAGCUCUUAUUUUUAUUAUAUUCUUCUGGGUUGUUGUUGCUUUCUUUCUCCAUCAUCUUUUUAUUGAAAUUGGAAAAAAAUUAAAAAUCUGGGAUAUCUCUAAUAGAGUCUCACCUCAAGAUGAAUAAGUUAUGUCUUCUAUUGACGAUAUUGAUAAAGUAUCAAGUACUCAAAUUCCUUCAGGACCAAAACUAUUUAUUCCCAAUUGGAAAUUAGCUAUAGAAUUUAGAGAAUAGACUGAAAGACUUUCAGAAAUCAAUAACAAUUUCCAAGAUCUUACUAAUGAACAUUUCAAAAAUCUAUUUGUUACUUCUAAUAAAUAGUGGUUAGCAGAUAAUAUCUAAUUAAUGUAUAUAUUAGUAUUAAUAAAUAGUUUAACUCCAAAAACUUUAAAAUCAAAAAGAAAAAUAAUUUUGGAUAAAUUUAAUUCAAUCUAUGGUCUAUUAGAAAAAAAGAAUGAAGAAGAUCCUGUUGCUGGAUUUGAUAAUGCUUGGAAUUUCAGAUAAUUUGCUAAAAAUUCUUCAAGAAUAGAACUGGCUAGAGCUUCUCCAUAAAAAUUCAAUAAACGUGUGGAUAACAUGAGCGAAGCCACAAAAGCAAUACUUAAAUAUUGGUUAUAUAGAUCAAGAAAUAUGAAAAUAGCAAUUAAAUACAUAGGAGGAUUACUUGAAAAGAUUACAAAACCCUUCUGUGAAUAUUGUGGAUUAAAUUGGGGAUUAGGAGUUGAUACAGAAACUAGAAUUGAAGAUAUAUAUUUAAGAUUCUUAAAAUAAAAAGGAUUGAAGGCUAUAUCGUUAAAUAUGGGAACAGAAAUAGAUGAUUGGUAGAAUUUCUUUCCAAAAUAAUGUAAAUUCAGAACAACUUGUUUUAUAUGUAAUGGUAAUAAGAUAUUGUAUUAUUUAAGUUUUUAUGGUUGAAGAAUUGCAAAAAGACAAAGUGAAAUUACAAGGAGAAUAGAAAUUAGUUAUUUAAAAAAAGAAAAACAAAUAUACUCUGAAGAAAGUUGCUAAUCUUAUCUUGAUCAUGAUUAAAUUUAUAGAUAUGGCUUAGAAAUAAGGUUUUUAGAAUUAAUGAUGUUUAUUAAAGAAUUUAUCA